CAAGCAGUCAAACCGAAUUAAAACACACACACACACACACACACACACCUACACACACAUAUCCCUUGCUCACUUCACGAAAAUCUUUCGUUGUUUUCCGACUCGCUUCGCAUAAACAGUGAUAAUUACAUAACUCCAAAAUGGCUGGUGGUGGUGAUGAAAGCAAACUUACCGGACUCUCCCGUAUCUUCAAUGGCGAAACCAUGCGGGGCCGCGCUAAUGUUGCGAAGGCCACCUACGCAUCGAUUGGGUUGUUGAUCUUGUACUUCUCACUGAAGCCUAGCAAGAAGUAAUGGCAGGACGCCGGAAGAGUUCAUGCUACGCUACAUAAGAUUACUUCGUGAAGUGUGCUCGUGAGGAAAUACAUUAUGCAACAGUCGAGUAAACCUUAGAA